CUGGAUGGCUAGGCACGGGGAUCCCAGCACAGGAAGGACGCCCAGCAGAGCCAGACUGUCGUCAGGAGCUCCAAGUGCCGUGAGCAGAGGCUGUCCCUCUUCUCCUUUUUUUUUUUUUUUUAUUUAAAUUUUUAAAAAACACGGUGAGGCUGGGAGGCUCGCCAUGGUGGACAGGCAUCUCGACACGGGCACCUCAGCUGCCACCUUCACAGAGAUCUUCCAGGUGGAACCAGGGAUGCUGUCCAACCAGGGGGGGAUGUAUGGCUUCAGGAACCCGGCCCGACGGGACCCAAAGAAGUCGGGUAUGUCUGGCUCAGGCAUCCAGUCCCGGGUUCUGAGACCGCAGCCGUCCCCUGAGAACGCCGCCCGGGAGCGGAGCCGCGUGCGGAACCUGAGGCAGGCCUUCCGCAGCCUGCAAGCCGCCCUGCCCUCCGUGCCACCUGACACCAAACUCUCCAAGCUAGACGUGCUGGUAUUGGCCACCAAUUACAUCGCUCAUCUUUCCCAGACCCUGGACCAGGGAGGGGGCAUGACUGAACACACGGGGCCAUGCAAGGCAGGGGGAUACCUCCACCCUGUCAAGAAAUGGCCCAUGCGAUCCCUGCUGUACUGCGGAAACGUGGAGGAGAUCCUGUCUGGGGCGUCGACCAGCCAGACGGGGAUUUCGGGAGUAGAUGAUGCCCCCCCGCUGACCCCUGACCUCGGCCACAGAAAUUGAACAACCCAGGAAAUUCUUACCCAGUUUCACAGCAGAUGAGCAGUCUGAAUACAUUUUUCUGGAUGCCAGUCAGUCAUUCUGAUGGGAUGCAAUGUGAAAUGAAUAGCCAUAUUAGAGAUGCCUGCGAUGAAAAGGAAAUUAAAUUCCUGUAAUGUAAGAUGAAUUGCAAAAAAGGUUAACAACUUCGGACUAGAUGGACAUUUUACUUAUCAGGCCAACAGGCCAUUGCACAAAUUUAUAUGGGCCUAGGACUUCAUUAUGAAGUUUAUUUUUAAAGCAAGUGUUUUUUCCCCUUAUCUUCUGACUCUGACAGUGUUCAGGGUUUACACUUUUCUAGAGGAUACGAUAAAAUAGAACAAUUUCUCUUUUUUGCUGUUGUUAAUUUUACAUGUUCCACUGUAGAUUGGCGUUGAUCGGUUCAGAUAAGCAGGGAGGAUGGUCAUAAAGGAUUUUUUGGCAACUUUCAGGGACACGCAGGCAACUUUCACACGAGACGGCUGCUUUUCUGGCAGGCCGAGUCGCGUUUCACACGGCCACCGCUCAAGCACCGAUGAGCACUUCUAUGUGCGUUUUAAUUUAACAAUUUGACUUGAUGAUCUUAAUUUAUGCAGUGAGUGCCUGACUUUUUGGAAAAGGAACAGUCCAAGUUUGAAAGUGUUUCCCCCCCCCCCGAUUUCUAAUAAGGUAGCUACACUUUUGGAUUUUAAAUGUCUGGGUUUUGAAUUACUGCUUCUGUAACAAGCAGGGCAAGUGAAUAUAUAUAUAUAUAUAUCUAUACAUACUGUAUAUGUAAAUGGCAACCAUGUAACCAUUUGUAAGCUAUGCUACUUAUGUAAUAUGUGUGAUAGCUUAUUACAACAUAAACAUUAUAACACCAAAAUA